CUACAUAGCUGUCCAGGACAUUGGGUCAUGUAUAGCUCUAUCAAGACUGAGAGUCUACCGCAACAAUUGUAAAUCUCGUCAAGUUGGGCUGGUCCUGUAUCCCGAUACCCCCUGCACCAGUGUCUGACAAUGUAGAUGUUGCUAUUUCUUGUGCCGAGAGAGCUUUCACAUGUACUAGCAGUGGAACGUGGGGUACCGAGUGUCAAUGUAAAUGUGGAUAUAUGGAAAUCACACAGGUCACUGGAUGUAUAGUCUUGAAAGCAUGUGAGGCUGGUGAGUAUCGAUCAGAGGAAGACACUGUGUGCCAGAAAUGCCCAUCCAAUACCAUUGGGACUCGGCGAGCUGCUUGUGCCUGUCCAUGCUUAGAUGGCUACUUCAGAAACACAGAGACUCUCACUCGGCCUGAAGCCCUCCAGUAUGUCGGAAACUCCAGUGAGAAGCCUGGCAACAUGUGCACCAAACCUCCCGGUGCUCCUCGGGACCUGGAUAUUGUAGCUGUAUCUCCAAAUGACAUUGAAAUAAACUGGAAACCUCCUAGGGAUGAUGGUGGGAGGACAGACCUCUACUAUCAAGUGGAGCACAGAGACCCAGACAAUCUGGGAUCCUACACGGGGACAGUCUACCUGGGA